GAGAGAGCCAAUCAGAUCGCUGGAUUUCACACUAACAACAAACAAAAGAUCGGGGUUCCCUCUGCUGCUGUCUUUCUGCUCCUUUUCCCUUAUUUAGUCUGUCCGAUCGGUUGGAUGUCGUCUUAAAUAACAAGGAUCAACUUUCUGGAUGUCUGUUAUGCUUUCGUAAGCUGUCGUUUCGCUGUACUGGCGUGAUUAAUUCUCUCUAGCGUCUUGCUAACUCUAUCAGAGAGGCUGUUUGCGGGCUAAUCGCAGUUAGCUGGCUGGCUAGCCGUCCGAUCCGAAUAAAACAACCUCGAAAUCUCAGCGGCUGUUCUCCUGCGGUGUCUGACAGUGGUCGCUUGAGCCACUGGACACUGUUAAAAAGCUGUCCAGCUAAAGAUAGCUGGCAAGCUGUUGGUAUCGACGGCAGGAAUCGGAUCGCGAUGUCAGGACCGUCAUCGGGCUGUGGGUUUCUGAUGUCGGUUGUCGUUCACGGAGACUUGGCUCUCAACGAGCAGGAAAAAGAGCUCAACCAGCGGCUUAGACGCCUUUACCCGGCCGUCAACGAACAGGAGACCCCGCUGCCCAGAUCCUGGAGCCCCAAAGACAAAUUCAGCUACAUCGGCCUGUCUCAAAACAACCUCCGGGUGCACUAUAAAGGUCAUGGAAAGACCCCGAAAGAUGCGGCAUCUGUCCGUGCAACACACCCUAUUCCAGCUGCCUGCGGGGUCUAUUACUUUGAGGUGAAAAUUAUCAGUAAAGGACGAGAUGGCAGGUACAUGGGGAUUGGCCUGUCAGCCCAAGGUGUCAACAUGAACAGACUUCCAGGAUGGGACAAACACUCAUAUGGAUACCAUGGAGAUGACGGACACUCCUUCUGCUCAUCUGGCACUGGACAGCCCUAUGGCCCCACAUUUACAACAGGCGAUGUGAUUGGCUGCUGUGUGAACCUCAUCAACAAUACCUGUUUCUACACAAAAAAUGGCCACAGUCUAGGGAUAGCCUUUACAGAUUUACCGCCCAACCUGUAUCCCACAGUGGGUCUACAGACCCCUGGGGAGGUCGUGGACGCCAAUUUUGGGCAGCAUCCGUUUGUCUUUGAUAUUGAGGAUUACAUGCGUGAAUGGAGAACCAAGAUCCAAGCCCAGAUUGACCGCUUCCCCAUUGGGGAGAGAGAAGGAGAAUGGCAGGCCAUGAUUCAGAAAAUGGUGGCCUCCUAUCUGGUUCACCACAGCUACUGUGCCACCGCCGAGGCCUUUGCCAAAUCAACUGACCAGGCCGUACAUGAGGAACUUGCUUCUAUUAAAAAUAGACAGAAGAUCCAGAAGCUGGUCCUAUCCGGGAGAAUGGGAGAGGCUAUAGAGACCACUCAACAACUUUACCCAAGCCUGUUAGAGAGAAACCCAGACCUCCUCUUUAUGUUGAAAGUCAGGCAGUUCAUUGAGAUGGUGAAUGGCACUGACAGUGAGGUCAGGUGUCUUGGUGGAAGGAGCCCUAAGUCACAGGAUAGUUACCCAGGCUCCCCCCGUCUCUUCAACAGCCCUGUUCACAAAGCCAGCAGCUCCCAGACCUACCAGACAGGCUUUGAUAGUAAUUACUGUAAUGGAGUUUCAUCAAGUAAAGGCCACACCUCGGCCCAUAGUCACAAGUCAUGUCCACCUACAAUGCCAAGCCCUGAGCUUGGUGUCCUGAAUGGCAGUCGGGGCCAGCAGACCAACGUCGGUGCUGAAGUGGAGAUGGAGGUUGAUCACUUCUCAAACGGAGUGUCUGAAUCCUCCUCAAAUGGAUUUCUGAAUGGCAGCUCUACUCACGGGAUAGACUUGGAGGAAUGUGAUGCAGAUAUGGAAGUAGAUAGUGCUCAGUCUAAGAGGCAGUUGUGCGGAGGAAGCCAGGCAGCCAUUGAGAGGAUGAUUCAGUUCGGCCGAGAGCUACAAAGCAUGAGUGAACACUUGCGCCGUGAGAGGGGCAAAAACUCAGCCAAUAAGAAGAUGCUUAAGGAUGCAUUCAGUUUGCUGGCAUAUUCAGAUCCAUGGAACAGCCCUGUGGGCUACCAGCUAGACUCCAUCCAGAGAGAGCCUGUCUGCUCAACACUCAACAGUGCAAUAUUAGAGACUCAUAACCUGCCAAAGCAGCCUCCCUUGGCACUCGCCGUCGGCCAGGCAGCUCAAUGUCUGUCCCUCAUGGCUCGCACAGGCAGCGGAUCCUGCGCCUUCGCAUCAGUGGAUGAUUACCUGCACUAACCCCUGGAGAAUCAUCCCUUUAAAUGACCACAUGAAAGAGGCCCACAUCAUCCCAAUCCAUCCCAGACUCCCAAAAAAAAAAAUAAAAUAAAAAAAACUGGGGCCGGCUUUGAAACCAUGGCCUGAUGAACUGAGCCUCCACAUGGCCAGACCCAUCCUGGCUCUCUGACAAGACUGGAUCCUCUUCACCCAGGCCUAAACUGGACCUAAAGACACAUUAGGGAAGAGGGGUUCUUAAAAGUCAGAUAAAAUCCCCAAUCAUUAUGGUCUUUUUUUUUUUUUUUCUUUUCCUUUUGUCUUUUUUAUUUUGGGGGAGGGGAGGAAGUGUUGGGUGGGGGGUGCAGCAGGCUCUGAUUGUUUGUUUCCUAAUUUACAAGGCAUGAGGAAAAUUAUUAUGACAUAAUUAAUGUUAUUAUCAGUAAACUUGCAUAUAAGAUAUAUUUGUUCUUGGUUGAAAGCUGGCAGAGUGAGCGAGACCGAAUAAUUAAGGUCCCACCGCAGCAACACCCUGCUAUUUUCAGGUCUCAGCUUGUGUACUUUACCAUUUAAAAAAGAAAAAAAAAAAGAAAAAAUAUUGAAAUUAUAUUAACACGAGGAGUGGAACAUUUAGUUAUCUUACAGUAAAAAAAAUUAAAACCCAGAAAACCUAACACUGCUGGAGUCAUCCUUAGUGGUGGUAUUUAGUAUAGAGCGUUAGUGUGAGCUGUAUGAGUUAUGCCCUUUUUUGUGCAAGCGCACCCUCCCUCUGCCAACUGCACAGCAGGAUUGAUGCAAUGUUCGGACACUUUGAUUUGUAAUUGUAUUGAUGUCUAUGGUCUUUUCAUCCACCCGAUCUCUUACUCCAUCUUUUAAAAAGUCCAUAUUCAGGCGUCCUCUCAUCAUCGUUGCCUGCACUGUGUUUUUGUGCAGUUUGGAUGUGCGACAGGAACGUGGUGAUAUUAAGGUCAUAUCCAGUCCCGGAGAGGCAAGCCUGCUCCAUUGUUUUUUCUCCUCUUGUUUACCAGUCAAUCCCUCAGAUCAUCAGUACUUUUAAAACAAGGAGAAUGGUACAGUAUUGUCAUCAACACUGUCUUAUCAUUUUCAGUAAUAAAACGUAAAUACCCAUUUGAACGAGA